AUGCAUUUCCUUACCACUGUUUUCAUACUGGCGUGUGCGCUAUUUCUUAAUGUUUCCGGCUUCUAUUAUAAUACGUUGUUUGGAAGCGACGAAGAAUGCCCAAAAAGGGAUGGUGCUCAUCAGUAUUAUUUUGGAUAUACAAAUCUUGGAUGCCUCGUACACCAUUUUCACAUCGGAAAACGAAGUGCCCCCUCAAGGUGGACGUAUCCCACCCACCGAUUCAUCGAAUACAAGGGAUACUUUUAUGAUUUCCAAAUGAAUUCGAAAGUAUCGAUUGCUAAGAGUCGGUUAAGUGGAGAUGAAUGCUCUGGGGCAAAAGAAGCAUCCCCAGCGGGGUACAGUGAACUAAGCACCGACUGUAUUGAGGGUUGUGCCAAAAAUUACGCGUGUAAGUUCGGUAACUACAGCGCUCUGUUUAACAACUGUCACCAUUUUGCCAACCACCUGUCAGAAGUUCUGUGUAGAAAAGGUACCACGUGUCCUGACUGGUGUAAAGGAAGCUGUGACGAUGUGGAAUAUUAUUAACGUUUCAGGAAAAAACGAAAUAGCAUUUACAAAAUCGAAUAUAAAUCGAAACAUUUAAAAGCUCACUUGUGAAUUACACCUUUUUCAUUUUAGUACAAAUUGUAAAAAAAAGAGUUUUACGAUUUG